AUGUCCUCCCAGCAAAAAAAGCAGAAGUGCCAGUUCUCUGCUAAGUGUCCACCCAAGUGUCCCCUUCAAGGUCCCCAGGCUCCUGCUCCAUGCCUCCCUCCCAGUGCCCCUCCAGCCCCCGCCUGCUGUGUUUCCACCUGCUGUAUUUCCGGCUUCGGAGGCAGGUGCUCCCUAGUAUCUCACCGGUUUCCUCGAUUCUACCUUCGCCAGCCUCAGCGUUCUGACUGCCCUGAGAAUGAGUCCUCGGGAUGUUCCAGCUGUGGUCAUAGCUCUGGAAACUGCAGCUGACUGAUGCUCUUCCUCACUCAGUCUUCCUCCCUCCCCUCCCGAGCAAGAUGCAUGGGAUCCUUUAGGCCUCCCGGCGUUGGCUCUGGAUACUAGGCCAAGAAGAACUGAAGAUGAAAGAAAACUGUUUUCCAACGUUUUGUCAGCAUGCAGAAAUAAAGCUGAUCUCUUAUGGUUCCUUUAGCUUCUUGGUGUUUAUUGAUUUUCCUGGUGGAGCCU